AAAUUACACAGAGGGUUCCAUCUGUUAUCUUAAACCUUUGUUCUCAAGUAGCACAGAGGAUACGCUGGAAAAUACACUUUGCUAAAGGUUUCAUCGGAGACUUAUUAUUUCCCCUCCCAAAUUGCUUGUAUGCCCUUUUAGGAUUAUAUAUGCCAGCCCAACAGAAGAAAGUUGUUUUUUGCAUAGCUGGCGUGUUGAGUUUUGCUUGUGCUCUGAGCAUUGCAGGAGCCAUAGGAACUCAGCUGUGGAUAAAGGGAAGAAUCCUCUGCAAAACUGGAGCCCUGCUUGUCAAUGCUACCGGACAAGAAUUAGAAAAGUUUAUUGGUGAAAUCCAGUAUGGGCUUUUCUAUGGAGAGAGAGUUAGACAAUGCGGGCUAGGAGGGAGACCUUUUCAGUUUUCAUUUUUUCCAGAUUUGUUCAAAAUUAUCCCUGCAAGUAUCCAUGUCAGUGUUAUCGUCUUCUGUAUGGUGUUCUUAGUGUUUGCCCUGAUUGGAACGGGGUUCUUCAUGUACAAUGCAUUUGGCAAGCCCUAUGAAACGCUGCACGGUCCAUUGGGACUGUACCUAUGGAGCUUCAUUUCUUUUUCUUGUGGUUGUCUUAUCAUGAUUCUCUUUUCAUCAGAAGUGAAAAUCCACCACCUUUCUGAGAAAAUAGCUAAUUACAAAGAAGGCGGCUUCAUAUUUAAGACUCACCGUGAGCAAUUCGCAAAUUCAUUUUGGAUCAUCCUGGUGUGCUCAUUGGUGCACUUUCUGAACAUUUUACUAAUACGCCUUGCUGGAUUUGAAUUCCCUUUUUCGAAAUCAAAAGAUUCAGAGACAGCAAAUGGAGCAGUUGAUCUAAUGUACUAGAUAUAUUUUGAAUUACAUUUAUUGG